AUGAUACAGUUCUCAAGUAGUCGCAAGAUCCAUAAGUGUUCUGAUGACUUAUACCGACUGCCACAGCGAGUGGGAGAAUCCCUCCGUGAUUUCUUGGCUAGGUUCAACACGGAGAAGGUAUCUAUACCUUACUGCGAUCCAGGGACUGCUAUACAAGCACUUCGGAGUUGUCUACUCCCAGAUGAGCAAUUUUACGAAGAACUCACAAAGUAUAACAUAAGGAGUUAUGAAGAAGCUCUUGUUAAAGCCACUGUGUUUGUUCGAUGGGAGGAGGAUGCGAGGAGAAAAUCAUCCAAUCCUCAUAAAGAAGAGAAGCGCGAAGAUAAGCGCAUGAAAAAGGAGCAAUCCACCGUUGGCCAGCCUAGCAAUAACUGGCGCUCCCAUAAGUUGGGACCAUCACAUUAUACGAAGAAUUGCCCGGAGUAUCCCCUUCGGAUACAUCAAGUCGAGGCUGUGCAAGUCUUGAAGAAGAUGGGCAAUGAGGUGACGUGGCAACCCAAAAAGGAAACUGAAGGGUGGAAAGACCCUAAGAAGUGGUGUGAUUUUCAUCAAGAUAUUGGGCACACCACUCCUGAAUGCAGAGGCCUCACGUAUGAGAGCUAUUUGGGAAAGAGGAAAGUUGAUGACCCAGAGGCGUUACCACCGCCACCAUUAGCCACUCAAACUUACUGUGUAAUCUCUGGAGGGUCAGAGAUUAGAAGACUUUCUCAUACCUCUGCCAAGAAGCAUGAGAAAGAAGCGGCGACCCCAGCCGCCAAAAUGGCACAGUCUAUAGGGACUUUCACUAACCAAAUAAUGGUCUUCGUUGAUGACGAGGCUACCCAGCUUUUACAUCCGCACCAUGAUGCUUUGGUGUUUAUGCUUCAGGUUGCUAACAUUAAUCUGAAGCAAAUCUUAAUUGACAACGGAAGUUCAGCCAAUGUAUUAUUUUUGGCUACGUAUAAAGGGAUGGGUCUAGAUGAAACCCUAAUAUUGCGGAAGUCAACAACGCUUAUUGGGUUCAAUGGUGAGGUGAGUCAUUCGCUGGGUGAAGUUACCUUAUCAAUCUAUGCUCCAGGAUUGAACAAGCAGACUAGGUUAUUGAUUGUGGAUUCGCCUUCUGCUUAUAAUGCUAUUCUAGGACGCCCUUGGUUGCACGCUAUAUGGGUUGUACCCUCUACUUAUCACCAAGUCCUACAUUAUCCUACCAAUAAUGGCGUUAGGGAAAUCUUGGGGGAUCAGCACUCUUCUAGAAGUCGCUACAAAACCACCAUGAGGAGCAAGAACGAGUCCUCAUAG